ACUGGGAUUCCUACGCUCGCUCCAGGCCCUAACACAUAAAGUCGACGACCGACAAUGCCAGGCGCCGGCAAGCAACCGCCUCAGAUCCAGGAUCAAAUCAAGGAAUUGCUCGAGGCCGGCUUCGAUCCCACUACGAUCCAUCGUCGUCUCAAAGUCGGCCGCAGUUCGAUUUAUCGCAUGAAGCGAUGCCUCGAACAGCAUGGCACCAACUAUAUGCCGAAGGAGAUGAACAAGAAGAAUGGACGGCCGAAAGUGUUGACCCCGGAGCAGGAACUUGAAGUCAGUGCCUGGCUCCGCGACCCCAAAAACCGGACCCGCUUCCUCGAUGACCUAGUCUGGCUGAUACACGACCGUUUCGGCAUCGUCUGCAGUACAACGACCAUGUCCAAAAUGAAGCGAAAAUGGCUCCGAGUGAUCGACUACGAAGAGAACGGCACGCCCAUCGACGACACCACUCGAGCACAAUUGGAGGAGACGCAUCCAGACCUCCCACUUCUCCACCAGCCGCACGCACCUGUGGCAGAGAUGGGGAGCAUGGCGUCCGGACUGGAAUCCGAUGGCAUGGGCAUGCAGCAACCCCUGCCGCCACAGAUGGAGCAGCAACAUCCCCAUCCGCAACUGGAGCAACAACACCAAGACCCUCUGAUCGAACAGCACCAGCUCGACGAUCACUCUCACCUCGACCAUACCCAGCACGCGGACUUUAGUCAACCCCAGCAGCAACAUCUGCACGCAGACCUCUCGCAGCAACAACAUCUCCACCCACACCUGGACCAGCACUCUCAACUGGACCAGCAGCAGCAUCAACAACAUCCCUACCCCGACCACCACCUCCAACCUCAACAACAACACGACGACAUCUUAUCCCUCCCUCCCCAUCAACAACAGCACCACACUCAACAUCCACUGGAAGAUCCGUUGAACGUCUACCACCCACCUCCGGCUCAUGAUCCACAACUCGAUGCGCAGCUAGAGCAGCAAAUACGACAUUCCGCGGAGAUGGGCGUCAUGGGUGGACAUCACGGGCCGCAUCUGGAUCAUGAGGUUGACGAGCGUGUCCUGAGCGUGCAGGUCGUGUGUGGUGCAGGUCGUGUGUGGUUUGCUGUCCACACAGACAUGCUGGUCUUUGCGAUGGCAUGA